AUGGAUCUGUUUGCGCCUCUCAUCAACACCGACUUGCGCGUGUUGCUCGGCGUAGCUCUCGUCGCCGGCACGACGCUGUACCUUCUGCUUCGUCGUCUCCAACCUCGUGAUGCGACGCCCGUCACGCUGCAAAGCCCGAGUCACGCGGGCGACUCGCCCUCGACCGUGCACUUGCCCCUCAUUGAAAAGGAGAUACUGUCGCACGACUCGCGUCGGUUCCGCUUUGCACUACCGUCGCCACAGCAUGUGCUGGGCUUACCCGUUGGCCAGCACAUUUCGCUGCGCUAUACGGACGAGGGUGGGAAGCUGGUGAUGCGGUCGUAUACCCCUGUAACCUCGGACGACACGAAGGGUUACGUGGACCUGGUCAUCAAGGUUUACUUCAAAAACGUGCACCCGAAAUUCCCCGAUGGAGGCAAAAUGAGUCAGUACUUGGACAACUUAGCGAUCGGCGACACCAUUGAAGUAUCUGGUCCCAAAGGAAAGCUCACGUACGUCGGCAAAGGCGAGAUCCACAUCAAACACCGCAUGCGUGAUGUCGUGCCCGAAGUCCGCAAGUGUCGCAAGAUCGGCAUGAUCGCAGGAGGGACGGGGAUCACCCCAAUGCUGCAGGUCGUUCGUCGGGCUUUGCAGGAUCCAGACGACAAGACGGAGUUCUCGCUGCUCUUUGCGAAUCAGACAGAAGCCGACAUCUUGUGCCGGGACGAGAUUGAGGCCAUGGUGGCGAAGCAUAGCAACGUCAAGGUGUGGUACACCGUGGACCGCGCGGACGAGGGGUGGAAGUACUCGACAGGCUUUGUCUCGGCUGCAAUGAUCAAGAGGCACCUGCCCGCAGCCGCGCCCGACACGCAGAUCUUCAUGUGUGGCCCGCCCCCGAUGCUGAAAUUCGCUGUACUGCCGGCACUGGAGGAACUAGGCUUUACGCCAGACCAGCACUUUAGCUUCUAA